AUGGAUGAAACGAUGCAGAAUGUUACAGAGAUAGAAGCUGGUGUAACACAUGAUGUUUCACAAACAGAACCUGAAGCUACGACCAUGCAGACAGAACCUGAUGUUACACAGACAGAGCCUCGUGUAACACAAACAGUUCCUGUACAAGACGAAGUGUUGGGACGUGGAAUGAGGAAGAAAGAACCCUCGGUUAGGCUACUCGACUAUGAGCUUAACACGGUAUUUUAG